AAUAUAAAAAUAAUAUUUCACCUGAAGCGGUUGUUACCGUAUGUAUGACUCAUGUUAAAGUGUAAUCACCCCUCUGCCAGCAUGCAUGGUUUAGUCCUGGGAAGACUCACAACCAACCGUCGGGGACGCACUGACAUCUAGCGGCGUUUUUCAGAAAAGCAGAAUCCCUCGUUGAGGUUUUUGCUUUCAGUUCUUUGGUGAGGGUAAGGGUAUUUUUAGGAGUCGACAAAGCCAAUGUUAUUAACUACUGUAACAACUAUCAAACAACGGGUCUUUGGUAUAUUUUAUAUUAUAGCGCCUUGUUGUUAGCUAGGUUAAUUAGCUUCUCAUCGGAAAAUCUUUUGUGUCAUGGUUGCCUAUAGCAACAGAAUGAUGCUUUGCUCCUUGCUGACAAGCUAGACAAGAGCAUUUGCCAUUACAUGGUCUGUAAAUGCAAAUAUUGCAAAUCCGAAUAAUGUUAUAAUGUUAUGUGUAACCUCUGUUUCAACUGAGCUUUGAUCUACAAAGUAAUUAAUGGAGGAAAGAUGGGACGUUUUUCGAGGCGCAUGAAGAGGAAACACCAAAAGAUGUAUUAUGUCAUCAUCACUGAAGUGUGAUACACUACACAUCGAGUCAAUAGCUGGUAACAUAAACAACACAGUGUGGAUAUGCCUCCAGCAUCAGCGGCACACAUAUACCCCAAUCCAGACAGAGGAAUGGGCAUAAGUUUCCUGCUGGGAUACGAUUAUGAAAGGAAGAAGAAGAAACUUCAGGAGGAGCUUCAACUGGACUACAAACAGUAUGCUGCAAAGAAAAAGGAUCUGAAAACUAAUGAACCUCGUCCACAACCCCAGGGCUUCUCCCUACCUAUUGAUGACAAGACAUCAGCUCAGGAAAAACUAAGAGCUGAUAGAAAAAAAGAAUACAACAUCUUCCUACAAGAAAAAACUCAAAUUGGAAGGUUAAAGAGAGGAGCACCUCCCAUUAUUUCUAAGCCUGGACAGAUUCAACCUUCAGAUGCUGUGUACAUUUCUUCUCCAGCUUCUCCUCGGCCCAUCCUCAACACCCAUACAAACACACACCAUCCUCCCAGGGAGCGCCCUGCAUCCAGGAGAGAUGCUGCCACUCUGACUGAGACAGUGGACAAUGGAAAAAACAUAGGGACUUGGGGUCCAGGCCAUCGGCGACGAAGGCGUUGGCAACUCCAUAGACCAGAAGAGCCCUACAGCUCUGAGGAGGAGCCAAUCACAGACAAAGACAACGAGUUUGAGUUCAGACACAGGAGGCGACAAGACAGACACACUCCAGAGCCGGAGUACAAAGUGGAGAGGAGAACCAGAGAACGUGGAGCUGUCAACAGAGCUCCUCGGGACAUAAAGGAGGUAGAGGCACCUGGUCUUCAUCAUCAGAACAACAAUGAAGUUUGGAAGUCAGAUCGGCAAAUGCCAGACAGCAUGAUGACGGCUGCAAGAUCUAGACCUGCUACCAGCAAGGAUAAAGCAGAGUUUGCUACUGGACUAAUGAUUGGAGCAACAGAAGAGCAGUCGACCGCUCAGAUGAGGAAAGAAAAGUAUAAGCAAGAGCUGCUGAAACAAAUUGCUGAACAGAAGAUUAACAAGAUCAGAGAGAAGAAGCUUGAGCUGAGGGUUGCUGCCACUGGAGUCAGAGACCUCUGGAAACAGUUUGGGACUGUGCAUCAGCAAUAUAACAACUGGAGACAAGAUGUCCCGUACAAGCCCGGUAUAGAUCUGGGGAAGGACCCAAAUACAAGGCAAAUUAAUGACAAACGCACUGAAGACACAGAGAGAGACCCCCCAGGACAGUCCCAUGUGGACUACAGUCAGCUGACAGGGAAGACAAUGCCUUGGUCUGGAGUGAGAGCAGCACAAGGUGUCCCCCCGCUGGACUACUUUAAUGAGGACUACCACAGGGACUUCUCAAACAUCCUAGGAGAGGUGGCCAACCCGAGGGUUGCUGGUGUUCCUCCUCCGGUUCUUCACAAUGUGACUAAUAAUUACAAGACUCCAUAUGAUGCAGCUUAUUACUACUAUGGAACCAGGAAUCUAUUAGAUCCUAAUCUUCCUUACAACCAGAAUGACCUGCCUGGAGGGGUGCAGCAGUCUGGGAAUUUCCAGAGUCCUCCUCAAAGACCCCCUCCUCUCAGACCAAGUGGUCGCACUCUAGCAACUGAUCAAGGGUCUCCCCUGUAUGUUGGAGAGCAAAAUGCCGACAGGUCCAAGCUGAAGAGAGAGAUGGCACUAAGCUACCAAGAAGCACUCAGACUACAGGCUGCUGUCUCCCUGCUGAUACCAGAGAUCAAAGAAAGAGAGGAGUGUAAAAGAAGAGAAAAAGAAGAGAAGGAGCGGUAUGAUGCCAAGAUAGAGGCCGAGAUGAUGGCGUACAACCCCUGGGGGAAAAGUGGGGGAGGUGCUCCAAUUAAAGACCAAAAAGGCAACCUUGUUAGUGACCUGAAUCAAAUGCACAGGACAAACGAGGUGUCAAAUAGGAAUCCUGGGUCCGAGAAUAGUGGACAGACCCAAAGCUUUCCAAUGAGCAAUGGACACAGUCCCAGAGUUGAAGCCAGGACUCCCAUUUCCCAUCGUCUAUCAGGUUUCAAUGAUCAGCCAACUCCACAGCAGCUCCACAUGCAGAACAGAUACAAAGAAGAACUGAAACAACAGAUAGAGGAAAAAAAGAAAAAGCUGACAGAGGAGGCAGAACAAAUGAGGAUUGAGGAGGAGAAGGAAGAGAAGAAGCUGGCAGACCAAAGGGCUCGCAUACAGCGGGAAUUUGAGGAGGAGCAAAACAAGCGAAAGAAGUUUGAGCAUAGGAUGCAAAACCAAGAAUCGAUCCGUAAACCUAAAACAGAACACCAGGAGGAGGAAAAGAGGGUGAGACAGAAAGAAGAGAUUGAGAAGAAGUUACCUGAGAGCGCCAGGGACACAGAACAGAAAAAGGCACAGUUGAGUUAUGAGAGAGUGCCAUCUCCUCCAAUCCCAACCUUGCAGAGGAAGCAGACAAAUCUUGAAGCAUAUAGACCUUUGUCUGUUGUGAGCCAAGUCUCCGCCAGUACUGAGCACUCUGCGUCAGCGCCACAGUCCCGACCAGUCCCUGCGAAAAUACCCCAGCUACAAGAUGGUAAGCAGGAAGUGCUCAGAGAGCUGUCAGCCCUCCGUAGUUAUCUGAGGAAUGAGCAGAGACAACUGGAGGUUCAGCUGAACCAGUCAGAUCGACAGGAGAGUCACUACACUCCCCCCAACAGACCCAAAAGACGACCCAGAGUGGAUGAAUCAACGCACAAGCAAGCUGUCCAGCCAUCAACGAGGAGUACCUACUCUGGUGCUGCACGUGUUAAUAUGCAAAAUAUUAGGGAGUUUAACCAGCUUAAAUACAGAGACACAGCAUCUCGUGAGGAGGUCCACCACAUGUACCCUGACCCUCCCACUGACGAACAUAGUCUGGACAUCCAACAGCAGGCCCUUCUUCGCGAACAACAACGCAAUAUCAGGCUUAUGAAGAGAGCGGAAGAGCAUGACGUUUUGGGCCAGAAACCGAGCCACUAUCAUUCUGGAAAGAAACCUGGACGCUACAUCCCCAGAGACUCCAUUUUGCCAUCUGAGACUACUUUCAUUGAUGUUUACAGUGGUAAAGCAUGUGAAGAGGGGAUUCAUCAGCAGAGACGCCGUCAGCCCUCAGCAGAGCGCCAGGAGAGGACAGCACCACGGAAGAGACAUGACUAUGAUGAGGUCUCCAUGGAUCAGAGGGACCGUAACAUCCAACCAGAUGCUCAGUCUUUGGCGUCACCGACUAGUUUGAACCUUGAUUCUAAAGUCCGGGCCCACAACCAGCACCGCAUCACAAGAGAGGACACUGGUGAUCGCAACAGCAGAUCAGAAACGUUCUCUCCAGAAGGGCUGUUGGAUGAUGAUGUGGAUGUCUUGUCUCUGGGUUCUGCCCUGGAGAGACGUGUCUCCACGGAGACUGUUGCUACUGAGGCCUGGCUGCGGCCUGGCACGUCGGAUACUGUAAAACGCUCUGGUUGUAGAAAGACGCCAAACAGGAGGUUGGAUGCUCCACCCUGGCUGACACAGCACGUCCAAUAGCUCCUAUUAGCUGGUCUUCAAACAGUGAGGCUACUUCUUUGCCAAUCCCCUUUUUGGCUCUCCUAAGAAUGAACAUCGUUGCAUUGUGAAUGCGUAUGUUAGAUGCAAAAUUUCAAAAGCUUGUUACUAAAAACAGUCUGCAUGUAAAAAUAUUGUCUUAUUUUAGACAAACAUCUUACGCAAGACAUUCUCCCAGCAUAAAAAGUGCUUUUUUUACCCUGCAGUAAAUUGUCCAUGAAAGUUUGGCAAGAUGCAUAUCUUUGAAUGUACCGUAAACAUAUAUACGUGUUUAUGUAGUUAAUUUUGUUAUAAAUAUACACCGGAAAGUUUAUUUUAUAAUAAAAUGUUAUUUUAAUGUU